CCUACAACUCCCAACGGCCAGUCGAGUUACCAAACUUCAGUGAGAGUGGGACAGCGAGGAGGCUGUCAAACAAUCGUGGAUUAAUAAAAUAGAAGCUAUUUCUUUAGUUAUUGUGCGAAUGCGUGUGAGCUAUGUCAUCUAUUUAAUUGUACUAGACAGCGAGCUAAUCAAGCUAACAUAACACACGCUAUCUUUAGUCUUUAAUUGACAGUCUAGAAAAAAAAUGAGAUAGGGGUAUAAGGAAUGUUUUGGUGAAAACGAAAGCUUGACGCUUCCUUUUUUUCCCCCAGAAACAAAACAGCAGUAAUUUGCCAUAGAUUGUUUCCUGGUUUCAUUGCUCCGUCUGAAUGGGUAACGUUUAUAUUGUUAGCUAGCCAGAAAGCUAACUAAUUGACGCGAGUGCCUCUAGCGAGACUUUCAAGACUCAACAGCAUCGACAAAAACGAACACAACCAAGCUAAGCCAACUAUGGACGGAUGUCAACCAAACAUGCCGCAAAGUAACGACGAAAGAGGUGUGGAAAAAUGUAUGGACGAAUACCUCAAAUCCAUCGGGUUUCACCGGAAAAAAAUUGCCAAAGAUGGGUCGUGUCUGUUUCGGGCUGUAGCUGAACAGGUGUUACACUGUCAAAGCCUGCAUACCAAAGUCCGUGCCACCUGUGUGCAGUAUCUAAAGAAGAACAAGGAGAACUAUGAAGCGUUCAUAGAAGGAGACUUCGAGGAGUACUUAAUCAAACUUGAGGACCCUCAGCACUGGGUGGGAGAGGUGGAGAUAUGUGCACUGGCUCUGAUGUACAAGAGAGAUUUCAUCAUCUUCCAGACACCUGGUCAACGUCCUGUUCAAAUCACUGACAACGGCUUUAAUGACAAGGUGCGUCUGUGCUUCCUGAACGGGAACCAUUACGACAGUGUCUACCCCGUAGCUCAUGUGAAGAAUGCUGCCCUCUGCCAGUCCGUCCUGUACGAGCUCCUCUAUGAGCGUGUGUGUGGCACGGACCGUUCCGUGGUGGCUCCCUGUCUGAAGGGCGGUACUGGUAACCGUGGUAACGACCUUCUAGAAGACGACCCGGACAAUGAGCAGUGUCGUAGCAGCGACGAGUCGGACCUGGAGGGAGAGGACGCUCUCUGGAGCCACGAUGGACCAGCUGGACCUGCAGCCCACAGGGGACUCACCGUUAAGGGUCGAGGAGGUCCACCCUUCUCCAACAGGGUCAGACGUUCUCUCAACCCUCUCCUCUACAGAAACACUGAAUACGAUGUCUGGGUCAAGUCCAAGAGAGCUCAGCAGAAGCUGGAUUUCUGCAUCGCCGCUGGGAUGCAGUAUACAGUGGGAGACAAGUGCAAGGUUCGCCUUGACAACGGUGGACGUUACUAUGGCGCCUACAUCCAGGAAGUGUCGCCUGACAACGGGCCCGUCACUGUCUUCAUAGAGGAACUGGGCAAGAGACACACGGUGUCCCUCUGGAACCUGCGCCCUCCCACAGAUGACACGUUGUCCUGGAGCACGGUGGCCCGAGACGGAAAGAGACUGAACAACGGCUCUGUUCCAAACUCUGAUUGGGAAGGCAGGGGAAGAGGAAGGAAGUCAGGGAAGCCUUCGACGCCGUCGGCAACGCAGUCUGUCUCCCAGGCUAAAGGACCCUCCCAAAGUGGUGGGCGUGGUGUCCAGAAGCAGCACUCUUGGCCCCCGCAGGCCACUGUAGAGGAGGGAGGGGUCCGGAGCACCCUCCACCUCAACACCAGAGUGCCAGCGUGGAGUGGAGGAGGCAGCACCAGCCAGAACACCAGUCCUGUACAAACCCUGUCAGUACCAAUACCUGGACUACCUUGGGUUGUACCAGGAGCAGGGCCAGUACCAAUACCUGGACUGAUGGGCCUCCAGCCCAACCCUGCUAACAGCAGCUAUAGGAGACCGUCUUCCAGCUCUGUGUCAGAGGCAGCAGCAGUAGCAGCAUUUGGUCUGUCAGAGGCACAGCGUCAAGCCAGAGAGGAGGAGCAGAGGGACAUGGCCCUGCUGGAGAUAGAGCUACGGGAUGAGAGAAGCUUCCCUGCACUGGGGGUGGUGUCUAAUGCCAGUGAGGGGAAGAAGAGGACAGGCAGAGGCAUGAGGAGAUCAACACUAGACGAGGAGAGGAAGACCCCAUCACCUCCUACUCCUAACCUUCCUCCUACCACCACUACUCCUAACCUUCCUCCUACUCCUAACCUUCCUCCUACUCCUAACCUUCCUCCUACUCCUAACCUUCCUCCUACCACCACUACUACUCCUAACCUUCCUCCUACCACCACUACUACUCCUAACCUUCCUCCUACCACCACUACUACUCCUAACCUUCCUCUUACCACCACUACUACUCCUAACCUUCCUCCUACUCCUAACCUCCCUCCUACCACCACUACUCCUAAUGUGGCUCCUUCCAUCUCUCCUUCUGUUCCUCUCUCUACUCCGGUCUCUGUUCCUCUGCAGUCCUCCAUCUCCUCCCAUCCCCCUGCCCCCUCACCCCCCACACCUGUCUCUGCCCCCCCUCCCUCCUCCCUCAUUCCUUCCACCCCUUUCCAUGUCAACCCCUGGUCUAAAACAACUUCUGCUGUUCCUGUUGUCCCCACCCCUCACCCCGUCCCCACCCCUCACCUCGUCCCACCUGUGUCUGGGGUUUUAACUGCCCCCCCUCUGGUGACCUCUGUGCCCAACAUGGUGACCUCUGUGCCCAACAUGGUGACCUCUGUGCCCAACAUGGUGACCUCUGUGCCCAACAUGGUGGACCAAUCCCCCCAGACAACACAGACUGUUCCUCUCAAUCCCCCCUCUCUCAAUCUCACCCACCCGUCCUCUCUUCCUCAAUCUGGUCAACCCUAUCUACCCCAAUGUUCUCUUCCUCAGCCCCACCUCUCCCAGCCUUCUGUCCCCCUGGAUCCUCCGUCCUGUGACGUCUCCUCAGCCUACCCCCAAGCUUUAUCCCACACGGGUGUACCCCCCACUUCCUUCCUGUCCACCGACCACCCACCUCAUCCUUCCUCCCACCCUUCCCUUCCCCCCGGGCUCUCCCCAGCCCCACUCCAGCCCCCGCCUGUCACCCAGCCCCCCCUGUCGUUCCACCAGCUGGCUCAUCUCUACCAAGACCCCCUGUUCCCAGGGUUCCCUUUGUCUGACAAGGAAGAGAUCGUCCAGACACCCCCUUACUCUUAUAUCCACACUGGAGAGGACCUGCCACGGGAUGUCAACAUCCUGAGGUUUUUCUUCAACCUUGGUGUGAAGGCGUUCACCAACCCCAUGUGGCCCCCCCACUCUUACAUCCUCCCUCUUCACCAGGCCUACAGCAUGCAGCCCAAACUACCCUCAGUCUCCCUCCCCUCUUCCCACUGGUACCCCUCCCACCCACCCCAGGAGGGGUACGGACACGCCCACCCUCAGUACACCCCUCCCUCAGGUUUGGGGGGCCUCCAUCUGCAUGACAACCUCCAGAGAUCAACCCCCCAAUCAGCUGCAGAACCCCCCCAGCAUAUGGAAUUCAGAUACGGGCAGGAUGAUCGCUCCGCCCUGGGGUACCCUUCCAACCGCCACCUUCACCCUGCCUCAACCCAGCCCGUGCCGUUCCAGCCCCGUAUGGGUGGCUCUUUACCCUGGUGUAGUAACGUUACCCCGCGACCGAACGCCUACGCUGGGGUAUGCUCUGUACCCACACCCCUGACACAAUACUCUCCACAAGCACCCCAACCUGCACCUACCAACCAGUACCCUCCCGCACCCCAAUCUGCACCUCCCAACCAGUACCCUCCCGCACCCCAAUCCUCUACCCACACCUCUCAAGCUCAGCCCUACACUCCAGCCACCUCCCCUCCCUCUGUACCCCAGUACCAAUCAGUGUCUCUGGGGUACCCUCCUCCGAGGCUGCCCAGUGGGAACCAGACCCAGGGACAGCUGGAUCCUUGCCCCGCCAGCGGUGCCUCUUCCCUGGGUAUGAGGUCCAGCCACAGCCCCCUGGAGAACCAUAAUGCUAAUACUACCUCUGUUGUCAAUAUUACUACUGCUGCUGCUGCUGCUGCUACUACCUUGUCUAGUACUACUGCUUUCAACACAGAGAGAGCUUUACAGACUGUUCAUGCAGGCUUCACAGACGGAGGACAGGGAGACAUGAAGAUGGCUGGCACUCUGCUAGUGAACGCUCCUCUUCCUCCUACUGAGCAGGUCACAUGGGUCCCCGAGGGUCACCUGACAACAACAUUAAGUGGCGAGGCCAUUUUCAAGGAUGUAUCCGUCGGCAUGGCGACGCAGGGUGCGGGCGACGCCCCCAUGAGCCAGAGGGGGGCGGAGUUUAACAUGAAAAUGACCAAUGAGACGACGGCGGGGAGCUGGGGCGAGACUUCGUAUUUAAUGACACUGCCCCUGGCUCCAAGCGGCGAAACAUCAUUGGACUGGGAGGGUGGGGAGGGGCUAGACCCUAAUGACCCCACCCUCAGAAACGGAAAGAAGUUCUACAGUCGCUCUUUCAGAGGUGGAGGAGGGAGGGGAGGACACGAGGAGGGAGGAGCUAGAGGGUACAGAGAUAACCGUUGGAGGGGGGAGAGACGGGGGGUAGGAGGUUACCGAGGAGUGGGGAGGAGAGAUAACAGGGACGGUUUCCGGGAGCGAGACCGAGGGGACAGGAGGCAGGAAGGAAGAGGAGACUACCAGGGUAACGCCACCUCUAAAGGACAAAAUGUGAGGGGUCGGGGGAGGGUCUACCACUACAAUCAACAGCCAUCCAAUGGCAGAGAGGCAGGCUACUCUAGUGGGCUGAGGAACCCCCCUUAUACAGAUUUGUGAGAUUUGAUUGGCUGAUAUGGCUUUAUUGGGAUUGUUUAUCAUUUUUGUUUUGUUUUCUGGUAUUUUAAUCGUCUUGUUUGUGCGACUCUAUAGCUGUCGUUGGACUCGUCUUUAAAAAAAAAAAAAAAAAAGAAACAUUUAAAAAAUCUGUCAAGUGUCUCCAUGUUAAUGUUUCCUUCUGGACUCGGGCUGUGUCCCAUAUUUAGUGCACUAUUGAUCACGCUCCAUAGGGCCCUGGUCAAAAGUAGUGCACUAUAUAGGGAAUAGGGUGUCAUUUGAAAGAUGUUAAACCUGUACAGAUAGGUAUUCAGUGUUUGCAUUUUCUGUUUAAUAAAACUUUGCUGUAUUUA